GUUCACCAGCAAAAAUAAGAAGGCUGAAGAUUGGUGUAGUACCUUCAAAAAAUUUACCUGUUCGGUCAUUGGACAAAGUGCUUUUAACUCCAACAAAAGAAAAAAUCAUUAAGAGAGCUGAGAGAUUAAAACAACGUCAUCAAAAUAAAGAACAUUGUCAAAUUUUAUUUCAAAAUGACUGGUAAGUUAAAUUCAACAAAUACCAAAUAAUUGAUUUGAAUAAAUUUUAUUAAUUUUUUAUUUGUUUUUUUUAGUUUACCAGAUAGUACACCUAUUACUGAUGUAGAGGAAUUAUCUUCAUCUUCUACACAAACUGAUGUCUUGACCCAAGAAAAAACUACAGUAUUAUCAAAUGAAAUUAAAACUGCCGAUAAAGAAGUCCAAGUUAAUACAUUUCAUUCCGAUUCUCUUUUUAGAAGAAGUAUUAUGGAUUUGAUUAGAAAUGAUGAAGAUUUAGUUGCAUUAACAGGGAUACCCAGCAUGGACAAGUUGUUAAAACUUGUCAAUAUUGGUGAAUUUGUGAUAAAAAGUUUAAAUUAUAAUAUCAAUUUUUCUCUUGAUGUUCUUCAUAGAAUAGUGUUAGUAUUAAUGAAGUUAAAACUAAAUACAUCUUACAAAUGCUUGGCAGUUUUGUUUGGUGUUUGUAAAAGUACUUGUACAAAUUACUUUUACGAAACAAUUGAUUUGUUAUAUUUAAUUUUAAAACCUUUAGUUUUGUGGCCUUCUAAAUCAAGUAUUUCUAAAAAUAUUCCUAAAUGUUUCAUAAAGUUCACAAGUACUAGGGUCGUAGUUGAUGGAACAGAAACUCCUAUCGAAGUUCCAAAAUGUUUGUCAUGUCGAAUUAGAACUUAUUCUUUUUAUAAAGGUAAACAUACUAUUAAAUUUAUGGUAGGCAUUUCUCCAGAUGGCCUAAUAACUUUUGUUAGUGAUGUGUAUGGUGGCAAAGCAUCUGACAAACAUAUAUUUGUAGAAAGUAAUAUUUUAGAAAAGUGUGAU